GCUCUUCAUGUCAUUGAAUGCGAUCACAUCGUUACUCCACUAGUGGAGGAGCUCGAGGCUUGGAAAUUGAACAAGGCUCAUCGAUCGGAGGAGGCGAGGAAACGAAAAGCGGAUAAGAAGGCUGCAGCCAGAACAUCAGUCGAAGACGACUCAUUCACAAUAGCACCAUCAGAGGAGAUGCGUUUAAAAACUUCUGGAAGUGUAAAUGACUGA